CUUAAACCAUCAGUGUCUUCUAAUAAAGAUACCGACAAAGACAUCUUUUACAUAAAGCCAUCUAGUAUAAUUGAAAUGCAGCUUUCAAAGAAAAACACAGCAAUACAGUUACAAAGAUUUCCCAGACAAAGCAACUUUUUUGAAGGUCAAAGUAGUGGAAGCAAGUGGAAGACUGAAAUAAAGUCUUUGAUGGCAAAAAAUUCAUCUUCAGAAAGAAUAUAUAUUGGUGACAACGUUCAGAAUGGCACAAAUGGAGAGUGUGGAACUGUUGUUCAGUUUUAUUCCCAGGAAUUUGAAAAUACACAUCAAGUAUAUGCAUCUGUAAAGUGUGAAAGUACAAGAAAUAUAUCUGUGAUAGCAAAUGAUCUGUUGAAGUUGGACCAGACAAAUGUGUAUGAGGGUGAUGAUGUUGAAAGAGUACAAAAUCUGAUUGAGAUGUCAAAACAGCUAGACAUGGACAUAUACACAGUUCCUAUAAAUAUAUUUGUAGAUGACACAAGUGGUAACAGGUCAAAAAAAUGGAACCCAUUAAGUGUGUGGACUCUUCAGUUGGCAGGAUUACCAACUUCUGAAAAGAUGAAGAAAUCAUCACAUCAUUUCAUUGGAGUAACAAAACCAGAAGACGGGUCAUUCGUUACACCUGUGGUGAAUGAUUUGAAUGACAUGUUUUAUGAAGGAAAAGUAAUGUAUGAUGCAGCUUACAAUAAAAAUGUUAUUGUAACAUCCCAAAUAGCAGUUGGGUUAAUGGACAACAGUAUGGCCUCAGAAUUUUGUCACCACAUGGGUGCUGCAGCUAAAGAAAACUGUAGAUUUUGCAGGUAUCGAAAUAACCACUUACUUAUUGGAGAAUUAAGAACAAAAAAUAAAACUGAGGAAAUUCUAAAAGAGAUUGAAAAUAGUACAGAAACAUCAACAAUGACUGGGAUAAAAAAGAAAAUAUUGGCUGAAGAAAUGAACCAAGCUGCUCAUUGGGAUCCACACAGGGACAUUCCUCCAGAUAUGCUUCAUUGCAUAUACUUAGGAGAAGUUGCAAUCCUAUUAAAAUGUAUGCUAGGCAACUGUACUGACCAGCAGAAGGAAAAUUUACAGCUAACGUUAAAUGCAGCUGACUGGAAGGGCUUUCAUCACAAAUGUGGAGAAAACUUUGUGAAAUAUCACAAAUCAAGCCAAGGGAAAGACUUCAGGUCAUUUGUACAACUUGCACCCUUUACAGUUCAUCACGCAGGAUUUAGUAAAGAAAUAGUAAAACUUUGGUGUCUAUUGUCUGAGAUUGUUCAGUUGAGUAACAAAAUGAAAUUGCUGGAAUCGGAACUCACUAGGCUGGGUGAUCUGCAGUACCAAUUUAAUGAAAACAUUUACAAGCAGUUUCCAGAAACAUUGAAAAAACAGAAAAUACACCAUAAUCUCCAUACUGAGCAACAAAUCAGACUUCAUGGGGUCCCUAUAGGUUAUACUACUGAGACAGGGGAAAGCUGGUGUGGUAUAGUCAAACAUUUUCAGAGCAUUACAAACCACCACAAUGCCAACAAAGACACAGCUUUGAAGUUAGCUCAUGUUGAGGAAGUUUGCCAUAUCAUUGACAGUGGGACAUGGUUUUCAAAUGGGAAAAGAGUUCAACCUGCACAACAGACAAUUGAAGAGAUAAAUCAUCCACGGAUUCAAACUUUUGUAAUGGGAAAUAGGACACAGAAAGAAGAUGAACAAAUUAUAGGAGUGAAAAGAAAUGUAGGAGACGAAAUCAGAAACAUGAAAAGGAAGGAUGGAAGUAAAUUAAACAUUGGAGAAAUUGUUUAUUUUAAAUUAGAUGACCAUAUUAAUUAUGGUAAAAUUGACUGCAAAACCAGUUCAGAUGUUACUGUUUUGUUGAUGAUACCUCACCAGGAAGAUCCCUUAUUCCAUUGCAAGAGCCUUACACUCACCACAAGAAGAAAAAGCUUGCCUUACAAUAUCAUUGAGGGCUCUUUGUUUGUAUCUCAUGAUUGUAGAAAUGGUGGAUGCUGUUCCAUGGUUACAAACCAAUCUAUUAGACAAUUUCGUCAUAAUUAUAAACAUGGUGUCUAUCUUAUUAACAGAUUUAAAAUUCAUUUUAAUUAUAAACAAUUUAAUUCCUGAUUUAAGGGCAUACUAUAUAGUUAAGCUAUAUGUUCAGGUUAAACACAAUAAAGGGAACAGUCCAAGUUUGCACCUGGGGUAAGAAAUAGAGAUCAGCACAAUUGAAAAAGAAUUGUUAUCCUCAAUUAAUAAUAUUCGAUUUUUACAAAACUUAUUUGGUAAGUGAAAAAACUACUGGAAAUGUUUUACAUUUUAAUUUUACAUUCUAAUUUGUAUUUGGUUAGGCAAGUGCUCAGGUCACAGACACUACUGGUAAUAGUCACCUCUGGAAAUGUAUGUCUUUAAUAAAAUAUAACAAGUCUUUAAAGCACUAUUAUAAUUCCAAAAUCAACUAAUUAUUAUACCAAACAAAGAAAUCACAGGAAAAAUGUUAUAUCUUUUAUAUUUAGAAAAAAAUAAUACCACCAUUCUUAAUAAAUGAAAAACCGGAUUAUUGGCUACCUUUUUCCAUAAAUUUUCUGAAAACAUCAAUACUUUAGGUGAAUAAAAUUUAGUCAAAUAUAUUUUUCCGUCAGUCAUACUACUGGAAUUGUAAAUAAGUCAAAAAUAAAGGAAAAUUUACCAUAGAAUAUACUUGGGGUCAUCAAAAUAACUUUUAAAUGCAUUCUUCAAACAAACAAAAAACUCUAAUGUCAAA